AUGUUAAAUGUUGAUAGGAUGGUUGAGGAUUUGCGACCAUCAAAGGCAGAUUUGCGGCGGUUGCUCAAUGUUGCUGACAAAAGAGGGUUCCCUGGAAUGGUUGGAAGUCUCGACUUCUUCGACGAAGUCUGUAGAGGUGAGUCGCCUCAAGUCAAAUACAAUGUUGGAGAUCGACAAUAUGGUCAAUGCUACUACCUAGUUUAUGGGAUCUACCCGAAAUGGGGGACUUUUGUGAAAGCAAUUAGAAACCCGAUCACUCCACAACAAGCUCAUUUUACAAAGAUGCAGGAGUCAUUCCGAAAAGAUGUGGAGAGAGCAUUUGGAAUACUCCAAGCUCGUUUUGCAAUUGUGAGAGGACCAGCUCGUGGAUGGGACAGGGAAGAUAUCCAGUACAUCAUGAUGACUUGCAUUAUUUUGCAUAAUAUGAUUGUUGAAGAUGAGCGCGAUGAAACUGGAGAUAAUCAUAAAGUUGAUCCCGAUGAGGUCCCAACAAGACCAAGGAGAGCAGAAAUAUAUAACCAUUAUGAAGUAGAUCAUUUGGUUGAGCGUGAUCCUCCUGCACUUGGUGAAUUCAUGCGCCGAUACCAACAGGUUAGAUAUCCAAUUGUGCAUAAAAGCCUCCAGGAGGAUUUCAUUAAUCACCUAUGGAAUGUGAAGCAGAAGGUAGAGCAGAACCGCAUGUGA